AUGAUAGGCGACGUCGCGGAGUUCCGCCCUUUUCCUGGCAUGGCAAGUGCGACUGCGCAGCACCUCUUCCACUGCAACUCCUUCCUCAGCGGCUUCAUCUCCGCCGUCGGCAGCUUCAUCCUCGGCGUGUGCCUCCGGAUCCAGAUCAACCCCCAGAACAAAGGCGAAUUCCAGGGCAUUUCACCAGAACGAGCGUUUGCUGAUUUCCUCUUUGCGAACACCAUCCUGCAUCUUGUCGUUAUCAAUUUUGUUGGCUGAGCUCUAGAAAAUACUGUGAGGUAC